AGUUGCAGCAGGAAGCUCCCCAUCCUAGAAGAAUAACCUGCACUCGUGAGGUAGAGAACAGACCCAAAUAUUAUGGAAGAGACAGUGUGUCUCACCAUCAGAUCAUUAUUACAGUGCCAUCACUUUUGUCUGCCUAAAAUUACAGCUGCAAUUGCUGAUGGAUAUGGAUAUCACUGAGUGCUACUUUAAAUUCCAUGGGAUGAUCUCAAGGGAGGAAGCUGACCAAUUAUUGAGUGUUGCAGAGGGAAGCUAUCUCAUUCGUGAAAGCCAAAGGCAACCUGGGACCUACACUUUGGCAUUAAGCUGCUGGUGGCUCUGCUGGGGAGGCAGGCAAUUCAGUGAGACAGACGGCCCAGCACGUCCAGCUCUGGCAGAUGUCUUCUUCCUGUGCUUGUGGCAGCGUGCCUGGGAGCCCUGAGAAACCCAGUGCAUCCAGUCGUGAGGAGCAGUGUAGUGAAACAGGAUCAUGUCCCUUCCUGUGGCAAGAUUUGGAAGUCAAACCAGAAACUUCAGACUCUACUACGAUGGAAAACACUUUGUUGGGGAGAAACGUUUUGAGUCCAUCCAUGACCUGGUGACAGAUGGAUUGAUUACUCUUUAUAUUGAAACGAAGGCAGCUGAAUACAUUUCCAAGAUGACAAUUAAUCCAAUUUAUGAACACAUAGGAUAUACAACCUUAAACAGAGAGCCAGCACACAAAAAGCAUAUGCCAACCCUGAGAGAUGAACAUGAUGGCAAAGAGUCUACAGGAGAGGAUGAGGUAGCAGAAAAGAGGUUGACGUCGCUCGUCCGAAGAGCAACUCUGAAGGAAAAUGAACACGUUCCAAAAUACGAGAAGGUUCAUAAUUUCAAGGUGCACACGUUCAGGGGCCCGCACUGGUGUGAAUACUGUGCCAACUUCAUGUGGGGCCUCAUUGCUCAGGGAGUAAAAUGUGCAGAUUGUGGUUUAAAUGUGCACAAGCAAUGUUCCAAGAUGGUCCCAAAUGACUGCAAGCCAGACCUGAAGCAUGUCAAAAAAGUGUACAGCUGUGACCUUACCACGCUAGUAAAAGCACACUUCACCAAGAGACCAAUGGUGGUAGAUAUGUGCAUUAGGGAAAUUGAAUCUAGAGGUCUUAAUUCUGAAGGACUGUACCGAGUCUCAGGAUUUAGUGAUCUUAUUGAAGAUGUCAAAAUGGCGUUUGACAGAGAUGGGGAAAAAGCUGAUAUUUCUGUGAAUAUGUAUGAAGAUAUCAAUAUUAUCACUGGUGCACUUAAACUGUACUUCAGGGAUUUGCCAAUUCCACUCAUCACAUAUGAUGCCUACCCAAAGUUCAUAGAGUCUGCAAAAACCACGGAUCCGGAUGAACAGCUGGAAAUUCUCCACGAGGCGCUGAAGCUGCUGCCGCCUGCACACUGUGAAACUUUACGGUAUCUCAUGGCACAUCUGAAGAGAGUAACACUCCAUGAAAAGGAAAACCUGAUGAGUGCAGAAAACCUGGGCAUAGUUUUUGGACCAACUCUUAUGAGAGCGCCGGAGCUGGAUGCGAUGGCUGCGCUGAACGACAUCCGCUAUCAGAGACUUGUGGUGGAGAUGCUUAUAAAAAAUGAAGACAUUUUAUUUUGAAUAUUUUGGGGGUUUUGUAAUAAAAAAGGAAGCAACAGUGUUCUAUGGAUGAAGGAAUAUUUUAAAGUAAUUUAAUGGCUCUUGUCACUGAAUUCCAUAUUUGCUAGAGCUUUCGAUGUAUUCAGGAUAAAAAUGAAGGAACUCUUUGUCGUUUCUGUAGUGCCAUUCAGCUGAUGUUGAAAAAGGUUAACACAUACUUUCCAGUACUAGUAAUUCUGGGUGUUUAUCAUGUUGAAUUAAAAAACAAAAUGCCUAAAGCUAUUGCAUGAUUUGCUCCCUGUUCUCCCUGUUCUGGUGAGACUCAUUCCAUGAAGAAAACAACUGAACUGGUGCAGCUAUCUUUGUUCUGGAUAGUUUGUGAUUGUAAUUCAGCAUGUUUCUCCGUGUAAACCUGUUGUGAAUUUGCUUUUUUGUUCUAUGUAAUUGGUUUCUAAUACUACAAAGAAGGCAGACUUCUGUGAAAUGGAGCCUCUGGCCAUUUAUUGACAUUUCAUAUUCUUCUCUUCCACUUCUGGGGCUGAUUUAUUCUUGGGUUUCUUUCCAUUUUUUCAUCAUAUAGUAAUUUGUUUUUAACAGAAACAAAAUUGUACUUUAAAUGUUACUUUAAGUAAUUCUCCAUGAUGUUUAUGGUGGUUGCAGUGAAAUCUGCAAUACUGAACAGUGUUCCUUUAUUAUUAUUGCUAUUUCAAUUGUAAUUUUGUAUUUUUAUCUGGCAUGCAUAUAUUAAUUUAUUAAAUUUUGCUUUUAGAACUCUAACAUUA